UGAAUGGCAACGCCACGUGCUGACAACUUGUGGGGCAAAUCAAAAACUCGUGUAUUUAAAGAACCAUCGAAUAUUGUUUCAAAGAUGUCUUCGUCAGUGGCGGCCCGCAGCUUGGCCUCUCGUUGCAAUUCAAACAUCAAGCCGGAGUGCGCUUCCGAGGCACUUGUUCUGUUGGAAACUCUUUUGAUUGGCCGAAAUACAAAAAAUCUGGUAGUUAAAAUCGUUUCGGAAAAUAUUUUCCUGGAGGGGAUCAAUGAUGGAGGCGGACGCCAGACCCACCCACUCAUGCAAGAGUAUCAAUUGACGAUUACGCUCAUUGAGUUCUUCUCGAAGCCAGGACCACGACGGGAUGCCAUUUUUCAUGCCCUCUUUGGCAGUCAGCUAUCACCGCAACGCAGCAGCCAGCUCGUCAAGCUAGUAAGCAUUGCCGUGUCGAUAUCAGUGGUCCCAGUGCUCACCGCGGCCGGCACCUGGCUGCAACAAGUCGGCUACAAGAGCACACUGAGCCAGGAAGUUACCAAACAAAUUGUCGAUGAUUUCGCAUUUUACUCGCUACCUGCAAGGGAGCAACUGAAGCAAUUGUCCAUGAUUGCCCCGCACUUUGCGGCUAGCUUUAUGGUUGCUGUGGCCGAUAUCUACCUUAAUGAGAGGCGAUCGACCGGCCUAACACCGCCGCCGGAACAUCUUUUAGAUGUCUUUAGCGAUUGGAUUACUAAGAACCUAACCGUAUGCAAGGCUCCUCCGCCUGUCCUGGGGCUGCCAGCCGGUGCCACUGCAGGGCCAUUCGUCAACCCCUUGGCUAGCCUAAUGCGAUGGACAAUACUGGCGCCAUUGGUCUCCCAGACAGCCGCCUACAGCAAGCUGCAUUUAUCUGUCCUGACAACGCUCCAGCAACUGGCGGCCAUAGACAAGUCGACCGCUGUAGCCAACAGGGAGCUGUUGCAGACUGCCAAGUCUUUGCAGAGCUACUGCGCUCGAUUGCGUAGACGGAAACUGAAGCCAGAAGACGAUGCCGCUUAUCAAAGAUCCAUGGCACGGUUCGCCCAAGCCGUGCAGAUCGCCCUUUGCUCCAAGUGCCUAACCAAUCGGUAUCCGCUGAUAACUGCACUGAAGGCAUUGCCACCCUUCAAGCUCAUGAGCAUCGUUAUAAGUUCUUCGAAAAGGCGGUAGGUGUUUCACCUCUUUGUUUCUCAGUUUGAAAAGUUUCUGAAUAAAAUGUAAACAAGAAAU